ACUCACCACUACUUCCUUCCUUCCUUUCUUGGUUGCCUCCAAUCAUUUUCCUCUCUGUUUCUCUCUCUAAAAAAAUCUCUCUCUUAAUAAUUAUUAUAUUUGCUUAUUUUUUCAUUCUAAUUUCCCGGCGGGAGAGAAGGCAGAGGUGGGAGAAGAGUAAAAGAAAGAUACAAAGAUACUUCUACGAAACUCUCUCUCGUGAUUAUAUAUAUAUAUAUUUAUAUAUUUUUUUUCCAUUGUACCAGUGAAGUUAAAAAGAAAAAAAGUAAUUUGAUCGUCAAUACAAAAAGCUUAAUUCGUUAGCUUCUUUCUCUGGAGUCUGUCUUCAAUGCCCUCUUCUUAACUGCUCUCUCCCCUUCCCUCUCAAAAUAAGUGAGAAGAGAAUAAAAAUGGAGCAAAACUCAAAGGACGCAGUACCUGGUCCAUCAAAAAUUCCAGCUGUUAAUAGUAGUAAGAAGGUGGUUACUGGUGCAUGGGGCAUCCCACUUAGAAUUGAUGCAUUUCAGUCGUCGAGUGAUGCAAGCUUGUUUUCGAGUUCAUUGCCUGUCCUUUCACAUGAAAAGCUGAACUUUAACGAUUCAGAGAAUUAUGGUCGAUCUAUUGAUGAUAGCCCACCUAACUUGAAUAAUCUCGACCUAGAAACUGAGGUUACUGAUCUAUUUGAAGACAUCGAACCAAGUGCAAUUGGAAAUUUGCUUCCUGAUGAUGAUGAGCUUCUUGCUGGCAUAAUGGAUGAUUUCGACCUUAGUGGGUUGCCUAGUCAACUGGAGGAUUUGGAAGAAAUUGAUCUCUUUGGUCCUGGAGGGGGGAUGGAGUUAGAUUUUGAAUCCCAAGAAAGCCUUCGUAUUGGUAUGUCCAAGCUAAGCAUGACUGAUGGGAUUCCUGCAAAUGGGGUUGGUCAUUAUGCUCUUCCAAAUGGUGUGGGAACAGUGGCUGGGGAACAUCCAUAUGGGGAGCAUCCUUCAAGAACAUUAUUUGUUCGGAAUAUCAAUAGUAAUGUGGAGGACUCUGAAUUGAGAUCUCUCUUUGAGCAAUAUGGGGAUAUCAGAACAUUAUACACUGCUUGCAAGCAUAGAGGCUUUGUGAUGAUAUCUUACUAUGAUAUUAGAGAUGCUCGGACUGCAAUGCGUGCUUUGCAAAAUAAGCCCUUAAGGCGGAGAAAACUGGACAUUCAUUUUUCAAUUCCGAAGGAUAACCCUUCAGAAAAAGAUAUAAAUCAAGGAACUCUUGUGGUCUUCAAUUUGGAUGCAUCUGUAUCAAAUGAUGACCUUCGCCUAAUAUUUGGGGCAUAUGGAGAGGUCAAAGAGAUAAGAGAAACCCCACACAAGCGGCACCAUAAAUUCAUUGAAUUUUAUGAUGUUAGAGCUGCGGAGGCAGCUCUCAGAGCAUUAAAUAAGAGUGAUAUUGCUGGGAAACGCAUUAAGCUUGAACCUAGCCGCCCUGGUGGAGCACGUAGAAAUAUAAUGCAGCAAAUAACUCAAGAGCUGGAACAAGAUGAAGCACGAAGUUUCCGUCAUCAAGUAGGCUCACCAGUGGGGAACUCUCCUCCAAGUACUUGGUUACAAUUUGGCAGCCCAGUUGAACAUAAUCCAUUGCAUGGAUUUAGCAAGUCCCCAGGACUUGGAACAUUCAGCCCUGUAAAUGGAAAUAAUUUGCCUGGGCUGGCUUCAAUUCUCCCCCUUCAUGUAUCUAACCCUGCAAAGAUUGCCCCAAUUGGAAAGGACCAUGGAAGGGUUAACCAUGCAAACCAGAUGCUUGCCAACUCUGGAUCAAUGCAAGGGGCAGCCUAUCAGCAUUCUCGUUCAUUCACUGGCCAGAAAUUGAGCACGAGUCCUGUUCCGAUGUCUACUUUUGGGGAAUCAAAAUCAAGUUCAUCUCGUAUAGGCACAUUGACUGGCCCUCAGUUUCUCUGGGGAAGUCCUGCUUCUUACUCUGAGAGUGCGAGCUCCUCUGCUUGGCCAACAUCAUCUGUUGGAAAUGCGUUUCCAUCACACGGGCAAGGACAGGGUUUUCCACACAUCAGCAGGCAUGGAUCUCUCCUCGGUUCACAUCACCAUCAUGUGGGAUCUGCUCCGUCUGUUCUUCCUCUUGAUAGGCAUUUUGGCUUCUUCCCAGAAUCACCAGAAACAUCCUUCAUGAACCAAGUUGCAUUGGGGGGUAUGGGUUUAAAUCGCAGCACUGGAAGUUAUAUGAUGAACAUGGGUGGCCAUGCAGCUGUCGGUGCAGGCAUUGGACUUCCAGGACCACCCCUGACUGAAAAUGGUUCACCCAAUUACAGGAUGAUGUCAUUGCCUAGGCAUAAUCCUAUGUUUUUUGGGGCUGGUUCUUAUUCUGGACCAGGGACAAUUGGCAAUGAGGGAUUUGCUGAACGUGUUCGAAGUCCGCGAGUUGAGAAUAGUGGGAGCCAGAUAGAUAGCAAGAAGCAGUAUCAGCUUGAUUUGGAUAAAAUCAUUAGCGGGGAAGAUAAUAGGACAACUUUAAUGAUUAAAAACAUUCCUAAUAAAUACACUUCAAAGAUGUUGCUGGCUGCUAUUGAUGAAAAUCACCGUGGUACUUACGACUUUCUCUAUCUUCCCAUUGAUUUUAAGAAUAAAUGCAAUGUGGGUUAUGCCUUCAUCAAUAUGGUGUCUCCUGCAUGCAUCAUUUCCUUCUACGAGGCAUUUAAUGGGAAAAGGUGGGAGAAGUUUAAUAGUGAAAAAGUCGCUUCACUUGCAUAUGCACGAAUUCAGGGCAAGGCUGCCCUUGUGACACACUUUCAGAAUUCAAGCUUAAUGAAUGAAGAUAAGCGAUGCCGUCCAAUUCUCUUCCACUCUGAGGGCCAAGAGGCUACUGAUCAGGAACCUUUCCUAUCUGGUAACUUAAACAUUUGUAUCCGUCAGCCUGAUGGAUCAUAUUCUGGGGAUUCGUUGGACUGCCCAGAAGACAGUCUGGAUGAGAAACUGGAGAAGAAUUAACAGCUGAAAUUGCUCUUGGCCUUGAAUGGUGGUCAGGAGUGCUAACCAUUGUGUAGGCAUUUUCAAUGUAUAAAUUUGGAAUAGAAACUAAAGUGUGGGUACAAUAUUGAUUGAAUGAUGAGCAGCCUCCACUUUUGCGUCAUGGAUGCUGCACAGUAUCUCACAACUGGCAGAGGGCAUUUUGUUCGUCUGUAGAGCAACCAUCUGUUAUGUGAGGAUAAGGCAUAACAUAUUUUGCUGAGAAGUGAAGGCAUUUCUCACUGAUUUGUACAUGGGAAACUCCUAUUGGGUUUUCGCUUCGAUCCUUUUCUGUUUCUGUACUUGUUUCUGGAGUCCAUUUGCAAAUAAUGUGAACAUUUUCAUUGGAUAACCUGGGAUUACGGGCUGUUUACAGAAGUUGUAUAGAAUGGAAGAUGAACAGACCCUGCAUCCGGUUCAUCCUGUCUUGCAAUGUUGUAGCUUUAAAGACAUGAAUCUGUAUAUGCUUGUACAGUUGUCCAC